AUGCCCGGGGCCGACGACGAGAGAGGCCCCGAAAGCCUGCAGACGGCCGACGACAUGGCAUCGCCACCGACCCCUUCAGCUGAAGCGGCACCGACCGGCGAGCCGUUGCUGAACGAAUUCGAACAGAUGACAGUGGAGACUGGUGGUAUUGUCGAGGGCAGUGCCGCUGCUGGAAUUGCUGCGGGGGUCGCUGCUGGAGACGCUACCGGUGAUCCUGAUGCUGGCCUUGUUCCUACCGUACCCGAUGAGGGCCAAGAAGGAAGCAUAGCUACGAUUCCGCCAGACACCCUUGAAGUUGACUUCAGCAAUGCCCACGCUGCGCUUCCGACGAUAGAUUGGUCUCACGUCCCGCCUAUACCAUAUAUCCUGGACCCUGUCGUGUCAUCGACAACUGGGAGUGCUCUCGAACCGUGGUCACCCUUCAGUGUCAACUAUGUGCCAACACCUCCAGCUGGGGACCUCUCUUUUGCGACGCCUGCAACCCAGCAGCAGCAUCACCCAGAAUACCAACAAACCUUGGGCGAUAUGGCUGACGCGGCUGCAGACCAACCGAGCACGCAGCCAGCCUUGGUCCCAGGCACAGUCCCUCCGCCGCCUGGAAUGCUGCAGGACUUUCACUUUGCAAACGGCUCGUUCUCGAGCCUUUUUUUCGCGCCAUAUACGCCAGAAGAACCGCCACACUACGAAAACACCCACACCGGCCCGGAGGCUCCUCCUUUUCCGUUGCCGAUCCCGAGCUAUUACAACGUUACUGUCCCAUAUGGGAAUGGUUAUGCCGUGCAUCAUGCCGUCCACAACCCUGCUCCUUCUACUUCGCCGAACCCCGCUCCCACCUCCAACGGUGACGAUGCUAUCCCCGCUCCGAACGCCGAGCCCGCAACCGAGUUAAACCUGGAACAAAAUGUUUUACCCGGGCCCCCCGUCCCAACUGCUGCGGGUCACGGUGCGUUUACUGAUGCCAACUUUGGCGUGGAGCUCCCUCUGGGCAUGGCGCUACCGGUCACCUUUACAACCACUGCCGGGCUGCCGAUGAAUAACGAGCUGAGUCCUACGAAUCCAGACUUGAAACGCUUUUUGGUGAACUGGCAGGCAUGUACGCGCGUGAAUGUCCGGGGUAUACAAACGUCUCGCGGCCCGGUGCCCACGGUUGUACCUAGCCCCACUGGUACGGAGCACCUGUUCCAUACUGAGGUCCACGAAGUCGGGGUGUCCGAUCUUAAAGGAGACCACUGUGACUACCAGGGCAUUAAAUGGGCCGCAAUGGGCAUCACACGCAACGAGGCUCGUGCGUUUCGGCAACGAAGGUACCUCAACUACUGCGCCAACAAUCAAGAUGCAUGGAUACUCCGCAACCUACUGGCCGCACCGUCAAAGUCGCGCGUCUUUUAUGCCGACCGCCGGAGCAUUGUGCGCCAGUACAAUUUUGCGACGGAUAAGACCGCGAUUGCCCUCCGAUACCCGUCGGAUACAUAUAUUCAGAUUUCCACAAUCGCCGCCGAACAGGGUGUCCUUGUGUCUGGCGGGUUCAACGGCGAAUACUGCACGAAGAACAUCGACUCCGAAUACGCUGGCGAUUCGAAUUCUGGUGCAGGAGGAUCCGGCACCUUUUCCAACUUGGGCAGUGGGAUAUCCAACCAUAUUCAGAUACACAGCGCGCGCCGGUCGGGUGGGCCUGUGGCGGCCUUGUCGUCCAACGACUCGCACCUGCGUGUGAUGGAUCUUACGACGCAGUCCAUUCUUUCCGACGAUUUUUUCUCCUUCCCCGUCAACUGCACCGCAGUCUCUCCCGAUCGGCGCAUGCGUGUCGUGGUGGGGGACAGCAAUGAUGCUUACAUUGUGGCUGCAGAACAACAGCGUCAUAUGAAGGACGCGAACGGCACAUCGAAGCCUGAUGUUCUCCAGAAGCUGGAAGGCCACGCUGACUUUGGCUUUGCGUGUGCCUGGGCUGACGAUGGAUAUACCAUCGCCACCGGCAACCAAGACCGCGCCAUCAAAAUUUGGGACGCCCGCAAGACGUCGACGGCCUCGGGUGUCUGGACGCCCAUUGGAACCUUGCGCACCACCAUGGCCGGCGUGCGCAGCCUCCGCUUUUCGCCCGCCGGCUCGGGCAAGCGCGUGUUGGUGGCCGCCGAAGAGGCCGACAUUCUGCACAUUAUUGACGCGCAGACGUUUGACAAACGCCAGGCAUUUGACGUUUUUGGCGAGCUGGCCGGCCUGAGCUUCUCUGAUAAUGGCCAGGACCUGUUUGCGCUCUGCACUGAUCCCACCCGUGGCGGUAUCCUGCACUUUCAGCGGGACGGCUUCCUCUCCGCUGCCUCCACCUUUGAUGAAACACCCAUCGCGAUCCUGCCGGGGAUCAGUGAUUUUGACUGGCCAGAUAGGCGUGGGCGGCCCUACCGGCAACGAAGCCGUGGCAUACGGCGCCGUUUGCGGGCCGCUGCGGUGUCGUCGAUGAGCCAGUUUUAG